UUCGGGCUGGCAGAAAGCAACAAGAAAAACUGCAAAAUGGCGACCCUGGACAGUAGUCCGUCGCAUUUUGCGGGCCAACCAUGGUCCGAAUGGGCCAAUACUGUGCCUUCCCCACCUUAUAGUGAUUCAGGUGGUGAAAGCACUGAAUCUAAAGCUACUGACGACAGUGAUAGUAUGAAACUGAAUGUUGAAGAUAGUGCAUUGUUUGGAGUGUGUCCUUCACAGGAUGAGUUUUUUCUUGUGCAGUGCGAGAAGUGUAAUAAAGUAUUAAAGCCACAAGCGCUUAACAUACAUCUUCGUAACAGACACUGUGAAACAAGUGCAAUGUCUGGACAGACAAAAGCAAAGACUUUACCUCCAAAUUGCUCACUAAAGGCCUCACCAGCAAAGUCUGGCUCAGUGAAAAAAGGAUUGUCUGUUCCAACCAAAGCCAGUAUGAAAGAAAUACCUCCAUCUAUAAGUAAUGCAAGGAAAUUGGGAGCUGAACUUAAUGCAAGACUCAAAGGACCAGAAAAGAGCAAACGCAAUCAUACAAUGCCAGUAGUCAAAGUAGAAAGAAUGAAUGUGAACAAAAUGGAUGUUAAAAAAGUGACCCCAUCUAAGGUGGCUAAAGAUGUUUCACCAUUAACUAAUGGGAAUUCAGUUUGUGAACAAAAAAUGAGAAAAGCACUAACACCAUCUCCUCCCAAAACAGAGUUAUCUGCUAAAAUCACCAAGUCUGAAAAUCUAAACCCCCCACUAUUAACUGCAAUAACGACAGUCACAACGAAAACGAAAACUGUGCCUCCAAAUUUCAAGUCAACUUUUACUUCAAGACCAAUAUCUCCUCCAAAGUCAACUACACAUGUAUUGUUUUUGACAAAUACAACUCCCUCUGUUUCUAUAGCAACACCCACAUUGACAACAGCCACAACCACAUGUGUUACUACCACCAUGACAACUACUCAUUUGGCACCACAAGUGUCUGCAACAAUCAAUUUCAGUAAUAUGAGCUUUGGAAAGCCAUGUAAAACUGAUCUUGAUAUAAAGAAUCUUCAGAACUUAGAGGCAGAUGAUGAGGAUCAUGACUAUGACAGAGAACUGAUCAAAGAUCUAGAUCUAAAUCCAGUCAAAAUAGAAGAUAGAAGUUCUGAUGAGGGGUAUUCAUCUAGUCUUUACAGUGUUAGUGAUACUUGCUUGAAAAACAAUUUUCAGAGGGCUGCCCUUUUGAAGGGACAGAAAUUGUCUAGCUUAAGUGAUACAAAAUUACCUAGUAUUAGUGCUGCAAAUGUUGUAAAUAGGACUAAAACGAAUGUUGAAAAUUCAAGUUUGAAAAGUCACUUAUUAAGUGAUAGAAAGCCAAUCAACAUGAACAGUCGCAGUGUUACUAGUCUUAAUAGUUUUAGUAAUACAAGUCUUAAUAGUUAUAGUAGUACAAGUUUAAACAGUUUUAGUGGUCACAGUUUAAACAGCAGUGUUAGCAGUAGUACCAGUAUUGGCAGUGCAAGUGGCAGCAGCAAGAAAAAGUACCCUCGAUCAACUGUGAAGUCUGAUAAAUGUAUACCAUGUAAAGAUCGAGAAUAUGAUCCAAAUAAACACUGUGGUGUGAAUGGAGAAGAUAGUAAACCCUGUACAAGGUCACUCACCUGCAAGACACAUGCUAUUUCAAAGAGAAGACAAGUUGCUGGAAGAAGGAAACCUUUUGAUGAGUUACUGAAAGAGCAUAGAGCUGCUAAAGAACUGUUGCUUAAACAGAAAGAAGAGAUGAAACAAGCUGCUGCUUUAGGUCUGACUGGAGCAUCAGCAUUGCAAGCUGGUACCCCUACAGUCCCAGAUUUACCCAUUAAACACAAUCAGAUUAAGGUAGAAAAGGAGAAUACUUCUGGACAUAUGGACUCACAUAUUCCCAUUUUCAAGCCAGUUAAACCUAACAGUUUACAUUCUCAUAGAUCAAGUUUGUCUAGUUUACAUUCAUUUUCCACUCCAAGUCCUAGAGAUGAUUUGAAACCUCCAGAUUUCCCGGACAGAGUAGAGGAUGAUGAUGUUCAGGAGAGUAUAUAUCUACCGUAUCAUCCAAGACCUGCUGCUAUGUGUACAUUUGGUGCUAGAUCUCAUAGUAAUAAUGGAGGAAAAAGGUGUUACACAUUCAGUAGAAGGACAGACAUGUUUCGUGUUGCAUUCCUUAGUGCUCUGGAGAAACAUCUCAAUCCUCCUCCUUCCAAGAAAAGAUGUGUUGAAUCAAAUCUACCUAAGGAUACUCAGGUUUCAAUGAAUGCCAAGGAUCCCUAUGAUUUUCAAACAACAUUACCGGUAGAUGCUUCUGGGUUCCCACAAGUGCAGCAUUUUAACACAGUAUUAAAUACUAUGGACAAUUCUAGUACUAAACACAAGUCACGGUCAUCGAGUGGUAGCAAACAUAAUAAACAGAAGGAUAACUCUGGUUCAAAAAGCCCCGGACAUGCAACAAAUAGUGCUAUAAUUAAUGCCAUUGGAAAUAGUGCCAAACGUAAACGCAGCAGCAGCGGAAUAUUAACUUCUUCAGCAACACUACCAAACAGUGUUCAAACUGUAUCCUCAAAUUCAACGAUGCACACAGUUAGUGCUCCCACUUUUAUGGGAAAUAUCACAAUCAAUAGUCAGACCAACACCCCGUUAAUUGCAAUACCCAAUGUGAAUCUUUCAAGUACAACUCUAAGUCAUUUGAACAAUGCCAAACAACCAAAGAACAAUCAGUUGUUUAAGGAUAUUGGACUUGUCCUCACAGGACUAGAUGGAUCAAUAGUGAAUGGUCAAUAUCUUAAUCUCACUGCCGCCCCACAGACUAUUGACGAUAAAAUGUUGCAACAACACAACAUUGUCAAUAAAAACAAGAUUAUGAACCUUGAGCAGUUGAAAAAUUUGCAAAAGAGUAAUUUAAUACCAGUGACUCAGUUCUUUGUGGAUGGUGGUGGUGUUCAGCCUGGGACAACCGUUCUGGCCCCUGUUACCUUUGCGCCCAUGUCGAACAGUUCAGUAGUUUCAAUAGCAAGCAAUGUCUCACAACCUCAGACCACACCUAUUUUAGCUUCACAUACACUUAAACCAGGAGCUGUUAGCAGUCAUGUAGCAUUAACAUCUGUCCCAAAUGGUGUUUUAUCAUCCACAGACAAAUCCAACCCUAGACCACAAGGUGUGGUGCAUCAUAAACCCAAGUCAAUCCAUCCUCAGCAUGGCAUUCUCACUAAUGCUGUUAUAGCCUCAUCAAACAGUCAGCAGGUCUGUGGUGGACAGAUCUUCACCACACAGCUUGCUCUUAAGCCAUUGAAUAUUGCCAAGUCUGGUGCUCCUGGGGAACUGUCCAUGCAGCCAGUGUCCUUGACAUUCCCACUGACAGGUCUACGUGUACCGGGUCAGCAGCAUUCGACACAGACUUUUUACAUUACUAGUACCAACGAUUCCCAGCAACACGACAACAUUCAACAGCAUCAAGUGUCUAACUCUCCAUCAUUGUCAUAGCAAAUGAAUUUGUACUAUUUAUUUAUUUAUUGCACAUAUCUUGGGAGGGUUGAAUGGAGACUGUAUAGGAAAAUUUCUGUAUGAAAACAUGCUCAAUGACAUGACAUCAUAUUGUGAUAGUUUUCAAUAUUGAUCUAAUAUUUAGAUUUGUCUUGAACAAUGUGUAAAAUGUACAGAAAAUGUAUUUAUGUGUUUGCAUUGUACAUGUGUAUAAUACACAUUCUAUUAUAAAUGUCAUAUCAACUUAAAAAUUCUAGAAAUAAUUUCUC